GAAAGUUGGAGUCUCUCAGUUCAGCAAGCAGAGACGUUGCAGUGUUGUGAGCCAUCACUUCAGCUGCUUUUCCGUUCAUUUUCCCCAAACCAUUCUUCCAAGUCAUCAAAUCCUUUCACGGUUGAACCACGAUCAUCAUCAAAUCUUCGCAGCAUCCAAUAUUCUCUCCAUCUUCAUGAUCGGUUUGCAAUAUCAAAAUGUGGAGUAGAAUUGGUGCUCAAUUCCUGAAGAAAUGCACUCUCAGAACUGAACUAGGGUUCCGGUUUUUUGGGAGGUCGACAUCGAACCGGCAUUCGGGAAAGACGUUUGCAGCGCUGUGGGGAAACGGUGAUUACGGGAGAUUGGGGUUGAGAGGUCUGGAGUCUCAGUGGAGGCCUGCGGUUUGCUCUGCAUUUGGCGAUGAGAGCCUUCGAGCCAUUGCUUGCGGCGGUGCUCACACAUUGUUUCUUACAGAGACUGGGCGUGUUUAUUCCACUGGCCUCAAUGAUUUUGGGCAGCUCGGCAUAUCAGAUGAAAAAAGUUAUACAACUGAGCCUGUGGAAGUCUCUGGGCUUUCCAAGGAAAUAAUUCAAAUUUCAGCUGGUUAUUAUCACUCUUCCGCUGUUACAGUUGAUGGGGAACUAUAUAUGUGGGGAAAGAACUCAAAUGGGCAGCUUGGCCUUGGAAAAAAGGCUGCUAAAGUGGUUCCGGUACCAAGUAAAGUUGACUGCUUGAUUGGGAUCACUGUCAAAAUGACAGCUUUGGGUUCAGAGCACUCAGUUGCUAUCACAGAAGAAGGCAAGGUUCUAAGUUGGGGGGGAGGAGGAAUUGGAAGACUUGGUCAUGGUCAUGAAUCGGGUUUUUUUGGGUUUCUAAAAAGCAGCAGUGAGUACACACCAAGGCUUGUAAAAAAACUUGAGGAAUUCAAGGUUAAAAAUGUUGCUGCUGGGUUGCUACAUACAGCAUGCCUUGACGAAAAUGGAUCUGUCUUCAUAUUUGGUGAAAAAACAGUGAAUAAACUUGGAUUUGGAGAGGGAAGUAAUGCAUCAAUGCCAUCGAUGAUUGGAGGAUUUCCAUUUUCUGAGGAAGUUGCAUGUGGUGGUUAUCACACAUGUAUCAUAACAAAUGGUGGAGAGCUAUAUACGUGGGGUUCAAAUGACAAUGGCUGUCUUGGUAUCGGUUGUACAGAUGUCAUUCAUUCACCUGAAAGAGUUCAAGGUCCAUUCUUGAAAUAUCCUGUUUGCAAGGUAUCUUGCGGUUGGAAGCAUACAGCUGCAAUUUCUGAAGGCAAAAUAUUUACAUGGGGCUGGGGAGGUUCACAUGGAACAUUUUCUGAAGAUGGACACUCGUCGGGUGGACAACUGGGUCAGGGAAAUGAUGUCGAUUACUACGAACCCACAGUGGUUAACUUUGGAAAGAAUGCCAAGGCAUUACAAGUGUCAUGUGGAUUCAAUCACACAGGAGCCAUACUUGAAUACACCUAAAUGCCUAGUCAUUACAAGUGUCAUGUGGAUUCAAUCACACAGGAGCCAUACUUGAAUACACCUAAGCUUCCGGGUAUGAUUUCGAGAUGGCAUUCUCCUUUUCUCAUGUGCAAAAACGGUUCAAAGCAACUUCAUUUUUCCUGUCUCUCUUUUAGUCCUCAAUUCUGAAAGCAGUACAAUUUUAUAUUUCAAAAGGCACAAGGAGUGGAGUAAUAUACUUAAUGAAGUUGUUUUAACUUGUAAAUUGUCCUUGUAUAUUGACUACAAACAAAUGUGUACACUUGUAUAAGCAAUAAAAUCUUCAAUAACUUGAAGGUAAAUUGUUUUUA